AUGGCUUCUUCCGAUAUAUUUGAUGUCUUGAACAUUCAAAAUCCAAGAGCUGGUAGCCCAGGGUCUUCUGGUGCUACGCCAGGCCCUAGUCGUGCCCCAAAGCUUCAGGUAAGCGGAAUGCAACGAGAGCUUUACAAUCUUCUAGGAGACAAUACACCACCUGUGGCAGUUCAGAAGGGAAGCAAGUUCAAAGAUAAGCUACGAGCAAUGGCCAAACCAUCACCUUGGACUUUCGCGGAAUUUGAACCAACUCCUUCCGUGAAACUCAGGCAUUGGGUGAAAGGUUCGAAGGAACUAGUUGAUCAGCAGCCACAAGUUAAUGCGUUUGAAAAGUAUAAUACAAAACUGACCAUUCCAGAAUUUACUGAGGAGGACUAUAAUAGCUUCAUGGCUGGCACGAAAGUCGGAAGUGAAGACGAGGAACAAUGGGGCUACGAAGAAGUACGACAACUCUUUGACCUCUGCCGAAAGUAUGAUUUGCGCUGGUUUAUUGUUCAAGAUAGGCAUGAAGGAAAGAAACCUAGGUCUUUGGAGGAUAUGAAAGAGGCAUUUUAUCUUGUGUGUCAUCAAUAUUUUUUGGCUAAGAAUCCUGACAACCCAUUGAUAUCAUCACUCAACUUCUCUAAGGAAAAGGAAGUAGAGCGUAAAAAAUACCUCCAGAGACUACUUUCGAGGUCGGCUGCUGAAAUUGCAGAAGAAGAAGCUCUCAUUGUCGAAUCUAAGAAGUUUGAAAUGGCGGCUAAAAAAACGGCUAGCGAAAGAGAAACGCUUCUACGCCUUUUGGACUCACCAAAUUCAGACAAACCGAUUGCACAAUUUUUGACCUCUCAAGGUAUGACACAACUGUAUAACAGCCUACUGUCCGAUAAGAGUAAAAAACGCAAGCACGAUCCGGCUGUGCCGGAGAAUCCAUGGAUGAAGCAACAACAGCAGUUUGCGCAGCAGAAACAACAGAUGCAGCAGUUGCAAGAGCAGAAAGUUAACAGCACACAUGUUCAAAACCAAGCCAAGAAAACUAAGAAACAAAAGCAGGAGAUGCAAAUUGCUGUAAAGCGGAAAGCAGACAGCGAAUAUGCUGAGCAACUGCUGCAGGGGUUUACUGCAGAAGAAAGAAAGUCUCUGGGUGUUCAAUGCCAUGGAGAAAAAUUGCCGUCAGGUGCGUAUCUAAGAUCGACCAGAGUUUCCACAUUCAAGGCUGCAACGCAAAGCAAAAUAGCAGCAACUUUGCAGGAGCUGGGUUUGCCUAGUAGACCGGCAAUGCCAACAUUCGAGGUCGCACACUAUCAUGAUGCUCUUCUUGGACGUAUCAAUAGCCUGUUAGAUUUGAAGAGGCGAGUGGACAAAUUGGAAGCAGAAAAGGAUAUAAAGAAAGUGUGA